AUGUCAACCAGAUUCCAACGCACAGCCAACAAGACUCUCAAUGAGCAACAUACCAAAAUAUUGAAGGAAUGUCUACAGAGACCAGAGAACAGACACUGUGCUGAUUGCAGGCGUAAAGAUCCUCGCUGGGCUUCGUGGAAUCUUGGCGUAUUUAUUUGUAUAAGAUGUUCUGGAACUCAUCGAUCUAUGGGAACUCAUAUUAGCAGAGUUAAAUCUAUCGAUCUAGACUCGUGGACACCAGAACAAGUAGAAAAUGUGCGUCGGUGGGGUAAUGCUAAGGCUAAUGUGUAUUGGGAGGCCAAUCUGCCAUCGAAUACAAAGAUACCAGAGAGCAAUAUAGAUUAUUGGAUUAGAUCCAAGUAUGAGGCAAAGAAAUGGGCUCAGAAGGGUCCAAUUCCCGAUCCAGACACGUUGAGUGCUGGGCUCUCGGCUCAACAAGAAAAGGCUGCGAGUUCGGCACCUACAGGUUCAACACAGGAAAAAGCAGCUCCACCUAUUCAGAGGUCGACAACCCCCAAUCCAGGUGUAGGAGAUAAAGACAAUUUAAAAUCGAGUAUCAUGAGUUUGUAUAACAGUAGCCCACAGAUGGGAGGCGGGAGGUUGUCGCCAAUGACAAUGGGACAAGGAAUGUAUGGGAUGAAGAACGCAUCUCAGGGUAGCCUUCCGAGUCAGCAUUUGCAAUCAACGACUAAUCUAUCCUCAUUGAACAAUCUAUCAAUGUCAAACUCAUCGUCGCCGAAUCUCUCGUCACCCUCACAACAACGCGGAGCACAGAAUGUAGCUAUGCCUCAGGGUGGUCAAUUUUUCAACGUAUUUGCAUCGACUACGCCGAAUCAACAAGAGAGAAGUGCCGGGGAUGAGUAA